UUGCUCCUUGUGGGCUUUGGCUGGACCGUGGUACCUCACAAAUUCUGUUAGUACCGAUGAGAUGAAGGAAAUGUUACACAGGAAUUGCCCAGCGUCGCGAGCCUAGAGGAAGGAAGCACCAUGCUAUUGUCCGACUCGUGGGCCUAGAGUGGGCGUGACUUGUCACUGUCUGGCGUGUGUGCGUCUGUAUCGUGGGGCAGUGUCCCUGUCUCGUGGACUGCUUGUAAGCGUUUAAGUAGUGGUCGUCUGCCUUGGGCAGGGGGAUUUACUGAAUAUUGAAUAGAACUGCUUCCUGUUGCAUUCGUUCUCCUCUCACUGCUACCUUCGUCUUCCUCUCAUUCUUCCCUAGAUCUCUCUCCUCUUCUCCAUUCACUAGCAGUAGCUAACAAUUGGUAUCAGAGGGAAAUCGUUCCUCGACCGAAAGCAUCCAUGGCGUCUCCUUCACUGGUCGAUAUUCAGCUCAUCCAAGCGUUGGAGCACCAAACCCGGGUUAUCCUCGCCGAGCUCGACAAGCGGUUCACGACGCUCGACUCCAAGUGGGAGCCCCACGCCGGCGCUGUAGAGUCCCAGGCGGUGGACUUUGAUCAGCACCGCAACGAAUUCUCAUCAGCCCUCCGCGCAGACGUCGAGGCACAUCUCUCGGCGGCUGACGCGGAUCCGUUGGAAUGGAUCUGCUACUGGGAGGCCUCUACUGGCACGCGUGACGCUGGCUAUCUCCCAGCCUCCAAGUCGUCGAGCCUCGGUUCUGUUCGCGAGUCCGACCUCGCAUGCCCAGAUCAGUUCGUCGUCGAUUUUGCGGUCGCGCUCGUGGACCUCAACCCGCUCGUCCACGUCGACUUCAGCACAGUCCCAGUCGCAAACUCCGCCGACCCUCGUCAUCAGGUGGAUCCAGUGACUCCGCUCACCCCACACCUACGCGGAUUCCAGGCGGUGCCGCCUCUCCUCGGCAUGGCCUUUGAAGGCUGCGACAUCAGUGAACAGCUCGCCGGAGCCCAUGGCCGCCUCGACAACUUCACCACCACAUCCUGUGAGUCGUGCCCGAUUCGCAUAUCUUCGUCGGCUUCCUCUCUCCUACAGGUGCCCAAGGAGGAGGACGUGGUUCCUGCUUUGCCCGCCAAGUGUUUGAUUAAUUGCUUCGGCUGCAACUAUGGCUCUGUGUUGUAUGAUGACAUCAAGAUUGGAGCUCAAAAGUCUAUGAGCGCUAUAGGCAGGGAAGAGAAGGAAGUUCGAUUUGAGUUGAAAACACAUGGCUCCAUGAGGGAUGAUGACCCUGCUAUCUUGGUUUUGAAUACUUGUGCCAGUCGUGACCUUCAUGACCAUGUUGUUGGGGUGUGUCUUGUAGCCCAGGAUAUGACUGUUCACAAGUUGGUCAUGGACGAAUUUACUCGGCUUCAGGGGGACUACAAAGCAAUCAUCCACGACCUGAACCCACUGAUUCCUCUUAUAUUUGGUGCUGGGCAAUUUGGGUGGUGCUCUGAGUGGAAUGCAGCCAUGACCAAGUUUACUGGGUGGCACAGAGAUGAAGUGGUCGAUAAGAUGUUCCUUGGCGAGGUUUUUAACAGCAGCAAUGCUUCCUACCUUUUGAGGGGCAAAGAUUCUUUUGUAUGUCUUUGCAUCAUUAGCAACAACUCAUUAGCUGACAAGUCAAGCUGCUUGGAUUUGGAUAUGGCUGAAUUUGUGUUACCAGUUGUGGUGGGGUCUGCUGUAAGUAAAGUACUGAUAGGUGGCCAGGCUAAAGGUACUGCUGUAAAUUCCAAUCUAGAAAAGUUGUCUUUUAAUGAGGUCAUUUUGUGGGAGUAUCCAAUGAAGUGUGCUGAUUGGCAACCAUCGGCACCACCCAUGUCACUAGAGAUUUUGCUGGCGAGUGGUACGAGUCGUCCUAUUCCCUGGCCAAAUUUUGUUUUGAGUUGUAUAAGUUGUGCAAACUUAUAUUUCAGUUGGGCACUAAAACCACCAUGGCUGCUUCAACCACGACAGGAUAUCAGUGCUGUACUGCGACCAGUGCCAUGGCCCUCCUUCAGAGCAUUCCAUGACGCUAUUGCAAGGUGGUGGGAUUUCAGUUUGCUCAUGCUACCACCAUGGUUUCCUUCAGCUUGGUGCUAUUCUGGGUACAGAAGUGGGGUGCUGGGAAUAAUGUCAAGGAUCACCUCUUUUAUUUUUGCAGUAUGGCUCAGUUUAAAUCAUUAUGAUGUGCAUUAUUCUCAUAUAAAUUUAAUGGCCUGCAUGAUGUUGAUCCAACUCAGUUGCUUUUGUAACAUGAGGAUCCCUGAGAGGCAAUCUGUAAGCUAUAUGGUGCUCGCGCUCUACAUAUUCAGAUUCCAUACCAAUCUCCAGGUCAUUGUCCCUAUUCUCAUAGUUUGCAUAACUGCUUUGUACAAGUUAACUGGAGUUUGCUUGCUGUUUAGUUAUACCUGGAUAGUCCAACAGACAAACCACCUGAUCAGUCUGGAUGAACUUCUUGGCAGCUGCUUAUUUAGUUUCAAGGAGCCCGUUCUGAAUUGGGUUUGUGGCAUCUGGAUAUCUGUUUUCUGUGCGCAAUUCGACUUGUUCAGUUGGUGUUCUGAAAAUUCAGACUUGAGCAGCUUAAGGCUCUCAAUUGCACUCCUGACAACGCAAUGGUGCUCCCAAUACAUAUCUUCUCUAUAUUGCAAACGUCAUUGUGGCUGGAGUUGAAAGAGAAACAUGGCCUUGCUCCUUUUGCCGGUCAAAAUGUGAGGAAAAAUGGAAUUUUCAAUAUUGCACUGGAAGGAAGGAUAAGGCCUUCCACCACAGUAUCACAAGUGCUAUGGAACCUGGUGGUUCACAGCUCUUGCAUCGACUUGGGGGCAAGUCGAAUGUUAAGGAGGGGAGAAUGUUAGUACCGAUGAGAUGAAGGAAAUGUUACACAGGAAUUGCCCAGCGUCGCGAGCCUAGAGGAAGGAAGCACCAUGCUAUUGUCCGACUCGUGGGUCUGGAGUGGGCGUGACUUGUCACUGUCUGGCGUGUGUGCGUCUGUAUCGUGGGGCAGUGUCCCUGUCUCGUGGACUGCUUGUAAGCGUUUAAGUAGUGGUCGUCUGCCUUGGGCAGGAGGAUUUACUGAAUAUUGAAUAGAACUGCUCCCUGUUGCCUUCGUUCUCCUCUCACUGCUACCUUCGUCUUCCUCUCAUUCUUCCCUAGAUCUCUCUCCUCUUCUCCAUUCACUAGCAGUAGCUAACAAAUUCCAGUAGAAAUCUGUCUAUAGUUCUGGUCUUCUGUCUCCAGCGUCCCAGAUAACAAAAAACUU